CGGAGCGGGGCUUUACUGGUCAUUUUUUGCAUUAGAGUUCCUAACUCCUCUCUCCCUUCUCGUCAUGUCGGAGAAAGACUUGGAAAAGGGAGACUCUAGGGCAUCUGGCCCACCACAGUACGACUAUGGAGCCACGGAAGAGACGCUGGAGGGCACGAAAUGGACUCGGUUCCGGGACAGUUUCAAGAAGAAUCCAAACGCGAGGAUGGUGACUGAGGCGGUGGAUGAGGAGGGCAAGCCUCUAGAAGACCAGCCACCUGCGGAACCUGCACUGAGCAUGAAAUUAAAGGACAGGCAUCUCCAAAUGAUUGCUAUUGGGGGCUCAAUUGGUACCGGCCUCUUCGUCGGAUCCGGUGCUGCUCUUGAAGCUGGUGGCCCUGCAUCAUUGAUCAUUGCAUAUGGUCUGAUUGGGAUAAUGCUAUUCUGUACAGUCCAUGCCCUUGGAGAGCUAGCUGUAGCAUUCCCAGUCGCAGGAUCCUUCGCAGUAUAUGCGAGCCGCUUCAUUGAUCCUGCCUGGGGCUUUGCUAUGGCCUGGAACUACGCUCUAUCCUGGCUUGUCACGCUACCCCUCGAGAUCGUCGCCGCCUCCAUCACUGUUGGUUACUGGCCUGGAUCGCGCAACGUCAACCCAGCAGCUUGGGUCACCAUCUUCUUGGCCGUGAUUAUCAGCAUCAAUCUCUUUGGUGUGAAAGGCUACGGAGAGGCUGAGUUUGUCUUCUCGAUCAUCAAGAUCCUCGCUGUCGUUGGGUUUAUUAUCCUUGGUAUCAUCAUUGAUACUGGCGGUGUUCCAGGUCAGUCGUACAUGGGUGCGAAGUACUGGUACAAUCCAGGAGCCUUUCACAAUGGCUUCAAAGGGCUUUGCUCAGUUUUUGUCACUGCUGCAUUCUCCUUCGCCGGUACUGAGUUGGUUGGCCUUUGCGCUGCCGAGACAGAAAAUCCUCGGAAAACUUUACCCACUGCUGUGAAGCAGGUGUUUUGGCGUAUUUGCUUGUUCUACAUGGUUUCACUUACAAUCGUUGGUUGCUUAGUGCCAUAUAACGACCCUAACCUCAUUGGAGCUUCUUCUAGCGAUGCCAACGCAUCCCCCUUCGUCAUCGCCGUCAAAAAUGCAGGCAUCAGUGCCGUUCCUUCCAUCAUGAAUGUCGUCAUCAUGAUUGCUGUUCUCAGUGUCGGCAAUUCCUCCAUCUACGGAUCUUCGCGUACUCUUGCUGCCCUUGCUGAUCGUGGCCAAGCACCCAAGAUUCUCGGCUAUAUCGACCGAUCAGGUCGCCCACUAGUCGCCAUCCUUUUCUCCUCCGCAUUCGGCUUCAUCUGCUACAUUGUUGCAGCCGGUACCGAUACCCGUGAAAAGGCCUUUACCUGGAUGCUAGCUAUAUCGGGUCUUGCUGCCAUUUUUAACUGGGCAUCCAUCUGUCUCUGCCAUAUCCGCUUCCGUCGCGCUUGGAAGCUCAAAGGCCACACGUUGGAUGAACUAGCAUUCAAAUCCCAAGCAACAGUCUGGGGCUCAUACGUCGGCUUCAUCUUCAAUAUUUUGAUUCUCAUCGCGCAAUUCUGGACCGGGUUUGCCCCCGUCGGUUACGGAGAGAUGACAGCUGGAGAGCGGGUACAGAGCUUCUUUCAAGCAUACUUGGCGUUUCCGAUCGUUGUUUUGUUCUAUAUCGUGUAUAAGAUUUGGUUUAAAACGAAAUUUAAGAGAGCCAAGGACAUUGAUGUCACAAGUGGUAGAAGGGAGAUGAAUUUGGCUGCGUUAUUGGCGGAGGAGAGGGCUGAACAAGCGAAAUGGCCAAUGUGGAAGAAGAUUUAUAAGACGAUUUGUUAGACAGGGGGUUGGGCGCAAUUUGGAACUUCGCUGCUUCUACAUUUUUGGAUCUCGAGCAACACUGGAGGAUGGCUUGAGGCAGUGGCUGGAUGUCAGGUCGGGAUGUGAUGAUGAACGUGUGGAUACAUUUACUACGCUGUAUUAUAUUUAUAUCGAGCUGAAACUUUUGCGACCCAGUAUCGCCA